UUAGUCAAUCAACAAACUUAUGAAUGAAAAUUUGGAUAUAUUUUCUUUCAAUAAUGAUUUAUAAUAUAAAAUAUUACGAUAAGAUGUAUAUAUAGAUAAAAUAACAAUAAAAAGUACUGUGUUAUAAUCUUAAAAACAAGAUUUUAGAUAUCGUCACGGCUUUAAUACUUGAAUAUUCCUAUAAACAUAAAUUAUGGAUUUUAGUUCGUGCAAUCCCGCUUCCACCAAUUCAUUAAAUAUAGCUGCCAGAAAAAACGAUGUUCAAACUGUACAGCGGUUGCUCAGGAAGAUUAAUCCGAAUUGUGUAGAUAAUAGAGGAUGGACUUGUCUUCAUGAGGCAGCAGCUAACGAUAGUUAUGAAAGUUUAGAGCUGAUUUUAAAUCAUCCAGAUACACGUCCGUUAGCUGAAACACACGAAGGGCACACUGCUCUCUACCUGGCAUGCCGUCAUCGAAGUUCUAUUAAAGUAAUCAAGGCUCUGCUUGACCAUUUGCCUGACAUGGUAAAUUAUGGUAGUACUGAAAAUGUGACGCCUCUCCACAUUUGUAGUGCACAAGGUAGGAUCGAAAUCGUCCAGCUUCUCAUUGAAUAUAAUGCAAUGCUAGAUGUACAAGACUUUGACGGCGAUACCCCAUUGCAUGAUGCUGCAUUAGCCACUGAACAUGAGGCUGUUGAAGUAUUAUUACAUGCUGGAGCUGAACCUGAAAUCAGGAAUGAUGCUAAUUACACACCAUUCCAUCUGGCAUGUUAUAAGGGUUGUUUGGAAACUAUUAAAAAUUUGUUACUAUUUGUAACUGAUAUAAAUCAAGUGACAGUUCAUGGUGAUACUCCAUUGAUUUUUGCCACACAAGGAUUUAAUGAUGAAGUAGUGAAAUUUUUAUUGGAGAAUGGUGCAGAUCCUAAUAUUAAGAAUGUGGAUGGAGAACUUGCCUUAACUCAAGCUUUAAGUUUGGGAUACACCAGUAUAUUCAAGAUUUUAUUAGAAGUUACUGAUGUGAAUGUUAUUGAUUACAAUAUCAUUUUAAGAGCCUGUAAACCUCAUUACUUUAAAUUGGAAAUAUUGGAGAGUCUUCUAAAACACGAUCUAAGCCCAGAAUUCUUCAAUAUUUCUGAUCCUUUUCUUGUGACUUUAGAAAAAAUUGGAGAUUGGAGACCCACUUACGCUGUUAAUGCACCAUUGAAUUCAUACUUGAAUGUUUGUGAGUAUAUCUAUAACAACUCCCCAGAGAAGUUUGAAGAAUUCUUUCAUUUAUUUUUGUGGAGAGGGGUUUUGGUUGACGCAUUAAAUAUAUAUGAAUGUCCACCCUUAGUAUACAUACAUUAUUGCAUGCAUUCAGCUUGUUUUCAAGACGUUUUUAGGUUAUUCAGGCAGUUUGGAUGUAAUGUUGACUAUUGCAGUGCUCCAAAUUGUAUUGAUAAAGAGAAAUGUGUGCCUGAUGUAUUUAUUGCUUCUUUGACAUCAGAUCCAACUACACUACCGAUAAUGUUACCACACAGUCUGUAUUGUGAACCCCAAUUUAUAUUAACAUUUGCAAAUGAUAAUGGUGUUUUGGGAAGAAUACCACAGAGUGUGCAGAAUCAGCUUCUUGCAAUGAUUGGUAUUCUAAGUGAAGGAGCAACAUCGGAAUCUUUAUCAUUUAUAGUUUUUCCUUUAAAACAUUUGUGCAGGGUAAAAAUUAGAUCACAUUUGAGGAAAAGUAAAACUGCUCUUUCUACCGAAAAAUUCUUUUAUAUCAUACAUAAAAUCGAAUUACCUCCUUUAUUAAAGAACUAUUUGUGUUAUGCUUAAAAUUUUAAUAUAUAUUUUUUCAAAGAUAUUAGAUGUUACUCAUUGAUAAAAUAAAAAAACCACUAUACUCAGACUCAUACAUAAGUAAAGCUUGAAACUCUCACUAAAUAUUCAUCAAUUAUACCUAUGAAGAUAAUUUUAAGAAUGAGUUAAAUGUGAUUUGAAUUUUAUAGCUUGUUAAAUAAAUUCGUUUGUUUUGUCUAAGAAAAUUGUUUAGGCAAGUGAUUAAUUUAUAUGU